UUUCUGCUCCUCUCAUUGGCUCGUCCUCCUCCUCUCCAGCCGACAGGGGGCGGGCACCGGAGCGCUCAGGUUGUGCAGAGGGAACAUACCGAAGAGCUCCAGCACGCUCCUUUGUGCAAACGAGCCGGUCGGAGUGGCAGCAGCUGCAGGCGCGCAGGCCUGUGCCGCACCCUUUCUGCUCCUCCCGGGACCCAGAGCGCGGAUCAGUGCGCGCAGGUAACGACCAGCCCAACUCCAGGAAGCAGCUGGAAAGUGCCAACCCAGGUGACGGAGACCAUACACCGCCUGUGGGACGCAGAGAAAAAGCUUGAAUGGAGUCUGGGUAGAAAUAGAUAGAAGAAAAACACAAUCGUCCAGGAGAUUUGCUUUUUAUUUUCACACCUUUGUUGGUGUUUUCUUUCCUUUCUUUUUUCUUUUUAAUCUUUGUGCCCAGACUGUUGGAAGUGCGCAGGAGGAGAGCUCAGGUGCGCAUUGUUUCUCCACUCGACGACCUCUUAUCAGGAUAUACUUGACAAAAGAGUUCCUGAACGCCAGGAGAGAUUGAACAUCCAGUGCCCUGGACAGCUGCACCAGUUUGGCUGUGGACUUCAAACUGGAUCCCUCCGGUGCUCACCUGUCCAGCUCCAACCCUCCACAGCCGGACAGUCUGAAUGCUGCCUUAGUCCUUCAGCUCUGCUCUCUGUCUGCAGCGCCGCCCUCCUCUCUCCUCUCCACCUCUUCUCUGAUCCCCCAUCCACCUAAGAUCUCAGCAUGGAUACAGACACAGUGGAUAAAGAGGGAUGCUACUACAACCAGACUGUCAAAUUUUUCUACGAGGAGAGUGGCAAGAACAUCAGCGCCCACUGGCGCAAACGAGACUAUGUGAUCGUCACUCUGGGAAUGACAGUUUGCUUCAUUGUUAUCUUUUCCAACCUUUUGGUCAUAGCGGCCAUUUUUAAAAACCGACGCUUCCACUUUCCCAUCUACUACCUGUUGGGCAAUCUGGCCUUGGCAGACCUUUUCUCAGGUGUCUCCUACCUCCACUUGAUGUUUCAUACUGGUCCCUGGACCAUUCGAUUGUCCAAGUACCAGUGGUUUGUGCGUCAGGGGCUGAUCGACACCAGCCUGACGGCCUCAGUCCUCAACCUCCUGGCUGUAGCCGUGGAGCGCCAGCAAACCAUCUUCAACAUGCAGCUGCACAGUGAGAUGAGCGCCCGGCGUAUUUUCGUCAUCAUAAUCAUCAUCUGGCUGUUGGCGAUAAUGCUGGGCCUGGUUCCCACCAUGGGCUGGCACUGCCUGUGCGACCUGCCCAAUUGCUCCACUAUGGCGCCGCUGUACAGCCGCAAAUACCUAAUAUUCUGGGCUGUUCUCAACUUGCUGACCUUCUCCAUCAUGGUGGCUGUCUACACCCGGAUAUUUCUCUACGUGAGGCACAAGAGCAAGCAGAUGUCUCAGCACACCAGCCAGCAAAGACACAAAGAUACGGUGUUCAACCUGAUGAAGACCGUCUCCAUGAUCCUGGGCUGCUUUGUGAUCUGCUGGACGCCCGGCCUGGUCGUGCUGCUGCUCGACGGUCUGGGCUGUGAAUCGUGUAAGGUGCUGCGCUAUGAGAAGUACUGCCUGGUGCUGGCCGAGUGCAACUCCUUCGUCAACCCCAUCAUCUACUCCUUCAGGGACAAAGACAUGAGGAGGACCUUCAAGGAAAUCCUGUGCUGCCUGUGCCGGCGGAGCGAAAGAAGCGGGGACACCUCUGAAGUUCACUUUAACUCCCUGGAGCACGAGAAGUCUCAUAGCGUCGAGCCUAUAGAGAGGAGCAAUGGGACGCCUCUCAUCGCGGAGAAGAAGAAGACAUCAGAAGACGUCCCUGCCUCUUCAGAAAACUGGAAGUAACUCAAACGACAGUCAAUUUUCAAUACACUCAUGCGAUGUAUACACACACCUGACAGCAGAAAUCUACCGAUCUGUGUAUGAACCACAUAAAGAAGCUUCAGGAGGUGCUCCUCCUUGGCCAGCAGACUGCUGUGGCACGAAUCAGAACGGAUUUAUGUUUUCCAGUUGGAUUUAUACCUCUGCUGCCCUUGUGAAUUUCUCUUUGGAGAUUAAUAAAGUAUCUAUCUAUCUAUCUAUCUAUCUAUCUAUCUAUCUAUCUAUCUAUCUGUCUCAUGAAGUGAUGGGGGAAAGAAGGACUGAUUGACUUCUCACAUCAAAAUGACAGCUCAUGCAUCUUCUAAUUAAAAAAAAAACUCUUUGUUGUCGGCACCUAGUUGACAUGAGACGAUAACAGCCCCUUCACUCCACAACACGGGAGACAUGUGAGCUCAUUUCCUGACGAGAAACAAAUGAUCUGCCAGUUUUUUCCUGAAGCGACAACGGAAGACGAAGAACACCUGGAACAAGAUUCAUGGAAGAACUGACUGGAAGCGUGUAGACUGUCGCCAAGCAUGUGACGGUGGAGUGUCAGGAAGUAAGAAGUCCAGCAACGCCACCCGUACAGUCAGCUGCCUGUGUAUCACCUGACGAAUUGACGUUACCACAGCUGAUGUCAUAAUGCAAGUUUUAUUGUACAGUAAAUCCUCGUUCUCAAACAGAUUAUACUUGUUAAACAGUUUUGUUAAGCCGUCGUGUGAUCAGAGGCAUUCCUGUUGUUUAGUCUCCUCACACUUGGGUGGACAAAAUAAGAGAAACUCCAGGCUGUAUAAUGAAAUGCAGUUCAACCUCCAGAAAAUGAUCGUGCAGCUGAAUGGACACCUUCGUGGAGGGAGGAUUUACAGCGGGGUUGCAUUGAAGUGUUCACUUAUCUAAUAGUUUGGAACCUGAUGCUAUCAGGGCUCAUUCAUGACAAAAAAGAUAUGAGUUUCCAUCAGAGGCCGCUGCAGCUCAGAGAAAGGUCAACGCCACUCAUUGAUAAGGCUGUAAGGAAUUAGAAGGUGGAACUAAUGCUUUGUAAGAGGUUAAUAAACCAUGUCUUAAUGCGCUAUUGAUCACAUGUGGGCUAUUAUCAGCCUGACAUUUGGGUUGGCAGAUUGUGUAACUUGCUUAUUGUUUAUUUUGGUUGUCAGUUCACACAUUAGUACCUCUAGUAGACAGAUUUGCAGAGCUGCAAAGCAAUCACGUGAAAAUUCGGUUUCCUGCAGGCUGCUGCUUUAAUGUUCAAAUGGGUGCUGUUUUUUUGUAGCCUUUUUUUCUUAUUAUUUUUAAAACUGCCACAGUCAUUUUGUUGGGCUCAAUCAAUUUGCUGCAUUUUAAUUUUGAGCUUUCACCUUUUAAUUAGCUGUCAAGAUAAACGCACACAGCAUGCUAAAAAGUGGAUCAACUCACAAUACCGAGUAGAUUAUAUAUAAUGUGGCAACCCCAAAUCAUUUUUCAUUCAUGGAUUGUUACUAGUGUAAAUGUAUAAUAUUUGUUAACAUUAAUAAAGCCAAAGCUAGAACAUGUAACACUGUUACAGCCUAUCUGCAUUUGUUCGGUACAAAUCUUAAUCAUCUUGUUGGGUUAGCUUGCUACAAAGCUGUACAUGUUAAAUAUUUACUCUUUUUUGCUCCGGUGUGAAAUAUAUGUGUGCCAAAAAAUGUUGGAUCAUUUCUGACCCUCAGUAAGUGGAUGUUUUCUUGAUGUUAUUGAAUAUCAAAGUAAACACACUGACUUGUCAUUUAAAAGACUUUGGUGGCUACUGUGGUUUGGUUUGGGAUCCUCUGUGGCGAGAAUCAACUGUGGUUAAAGUUUGUUUUUUUUGUUGGUUCACAGACAGCAGAUAAUGCUAUAAGCUGUUUCUUCGUCUUGUCUCUGUACUUCAGUGUGUAUUUUCUGUGUUUGUGCUGGCAUUUGCAUCAUGUAAACUGCCUCUGUACUGACACACAACAUUACAGUGUAAAUAGUUUGUGAUGUACAGCUUUAUUUAUGAUCGCAUUCUGACAGUAGAUAUUCUGUACAGCAUGCAGUGCAUCAGAGGCAAAUAAACAGAACAGGAGCUCAUGUU